CUCUAAAUUAAGCAAAAUUCCAUGAUUUCCUUAUUUUAUUUUAAGUCAAUCUUCUUGUAUAGUAAUAAAUCAUAUGAAAUCAAUUGUACCUAACAUUCUUUUCUUCUAUAUAAACCCCAAAAACUAUCCUAAUUUUUCCUUGCAUUUCUAUCACAAAAUGUCUUCCUCAAUUUACAUUAUUUUCUCACUUUCUCUUUUCUCUCUCUUCAUCCACCCUACAUUCUCUCAAACCACAUGCAAAUCCCUUAAACUUUCCUCCAACGUUACCUUUGAAAAUUGCAAUGAUCUCCCCACCCUAGAUGCAAUCCUACAUUGGACUUACAACCCCUCCAAGUCCUCCCUCUCCGUGGCCUUCACAGCCUCGCCCCCGCAACCCGAUGGAUGGGUUGGAUGGGGCUUGAACCCUACGGCCCCGGGCAUGAAAGGUGCCCAAGUACUCGUAGCUCACAAGGGAAAGGAUUCAGUAACCGUAGACACAUAUGACCUACGUGAUUAUCAUGACAUCAAGAAGGGACCUAUUUCUUACAACGUUAGCUCCCUCUCCGCCGAGGAAACCUCCGGUAAGAUAACCGUCUUCGGCACGUGGGUCAUACCCAAGGGCGAGUCAACGGUCAACUCGGUGUGGCAGGUGGGCCCUAUGAUGAAAGGUGACAUAGCAAAGCAUGCAAUGGAGCCGGCGAAUCGUAAUGCCAUGUUGAAGCUUAGCUUGACUGGUGCUGGAGCUCCUGGAGGAUCUCCUGCCGGUUCGCCAUCGGGUUCAAGUACCGAUGGUUCGGCUCCACCACCGGGGACGGGUGCUGGGGAGAGACUGGUUUCAGGAGUUUUGGCCUUGGGGGCUAUUGUAGUUUCCAUGGUUGUUUAAUAAACUUUGUUGUCUAUUUCCUCAUUUUUCUUUUCACAAUUUAAAUUUGGGUAUACAAUACAAAUUAGAAUGUAUCAUCUUUCUUAAGUAUAUUAUCUUCUCUACAAACUUUGAUCUUUUUGUGCCAUAUUUGAUAUUUUACCGAUAAAUCAAGACAGGAAAAGAGUCGGGCUAAUUAUUUCAUCCAUCUAUCAAGAAACAAUGUAUCUAUCGUGUCAUU